GUCGCCACGAAAAUACAAGCGUUUGUUUGACAAGGAUCCGGUAAUUUAGGUCGAUGCCGUGUAGGUGAAUCGGUGUUUAUUCCGAGGCAGGAUUGCUAGUUACCAACGAUAUGCAGCAGGAACAUUUGUCCAGCGGGACUCGCUUUGACCUAUACGUGAAAGCCGCCAGUGAUGGUAGGGGUCUCGGAGACUGUCCGUUUUGCCAUUAUGUACAGAUGUAUGCUAAAACAUUGGGCAUAGCCGAUGACCAGUUCAGUGUACAUUACGUUGACACUGCCAAUAAGCCAGAAUCGUUCAUGAAACUCAACGAAAAAGGUACCGUCCCAGUUCUGGUUGAUAAGCAAACAAAGCAGACGUUGGCCGAUUCAGCGGACAUGGCGAAACAUUUACGGGAGCAAUUUCCUGGCAAAGACCCACUAUCGGGUUAUGGUGGCCCAGACAAAUCUUUUUUCGGAGUCGUUCUUCCAAAAUUAGGCAACCUUUUGAAAAACAAGGAUGAAAGUCAUGAUUCUGAAAAAUGCAAGUCGGAGCUUAUUGCACAACUUCAAAUAAUAAACGAUUACUUGGAUCAAUCUUCUUCUGAACGAAAAGGUAAUUACCUCGCCGGCGAGCACGUGAGUGAGUUAGAUUGCGUCUUCAUGCCCAGGUUACGACAUGUUAUGGUGGCGGGUGGACAUUACGAAAGCGUCACUAUUGGAGAGUUUUCAGCUUUGAAGGAAUACUUCGAUAAUGCUAUGACGUGUCACGAAUUCACGUCCACCUGCUGUGUGGAGGGGGAGCUCAUCAAGGGCUGGGCACGUCACCGUAAAUAAUUUUCAAAUGGUAACAUAACAGGAGGUACAUGUUUUUGAAUUACUAUAAAGAAGAAGAACUGUUGUUGGAAUAAAAGACAUCUCCCUGUCGACUCGCAGAUAGAGCGCUACGACACAACAUCAAAAUACGCAUUUAUUAGUGAAGGUUUUAAUGAUUAAAAGAUGAAGUAGGGCAGAACUGUUGUAUAAUCGGAAGCGGCAGUACAGCAAUGUAUGAGAGCCUGAAAUUACCGGAAAUAGAGUAUAUAUGUUACAUUGUGUUUGAAUUGAUAAGACCAACGACUGUCACGACUCAAUACUCGAGCUGGAAAUCUGCGGAAAGAUUAGUCAAUACAGAGAAACUUGUUCUCUUAGAAUCACUCUAUAUUUGUGUAAUUUUCUUCUGUUUUCUCAUCAAAUAUACGAGUUGUGUGUCCAAAAUGUACAUCAAUGUUUCGGAUUAAAAAUCAAAACCAAUCAAAACAAAACAAACAAACAAAUACCUUUGUCAAUCGGAAUUUCAUCAGUUAAAAUAAACCAUUUCAAAAUAGUU